AUGUCGUCUAGGUGCAUCAAUUUCGAUGAACCGAUCAACACUGAAUUUGGUAUUGAUCAUUACAAAAGCUUUCCGCUUGUGUCUCUCCAAGAUGCGUUGAAAUAUAAUUUGAAAAAUGUGAAAAAUCUGGAAGCUGCGUUGACAACUGCGAAACAAAAAUGUGUGAAAUCUUCAGGUGGUCUAACGGAAGAUGAAUCGGCUGCUCUCUAUAUAUAUACAAUGGAAAUAUCUCCUGCAACAGUUUAUGCAAUAAUUAAUGAUCUUCUACGUGAUAACGAUGCUAUGAAUGCCCAACCGUGGUUUUCUUAUUUGAAGUUACUAUCAACGGCUGUGUCAAAGUUACCGACAUACAGCGGGAAUGUAUGGCGUGGUGUACGCGGAAAUGUAGCGAAAAAUUACAAGAAGGGAAUGCCCGUUUGUUGGUGGGCGUUUACUUCGUGUACGACUUCUCUCAGUGUCAUCAAAGAGUUCUUACCGAUGAAAGGUCAAGGAACAAUCUUUAUGAUUGAAUGUGUUAGCGGAAGACUUAUAUCGAACUAUUCAGAAUACGAGAGUGAAGAUGAAGUUCUCCUCAUGCCUGGUAUUCGUUUUAUAGUGACGGACACUUUGCCCUAUAAUGAUAUGAACAUGGUGCACUUAAAGGAAGUGAAUUCAAAUGAUGAAUUAAAAAAACCUAUGUCAGCAAAGCCACUAUUUACUGCACAACAACAAUCGUUAGAAAUAAAGUUCAAAACAUCUGCACAAAUCUCACCAAAGCAUUUGCCGUCAGCUAGUUCUACUACAAAAAUGACCAAAGCUCAUCCCAAACUAAAAAAUAGUCUUCCACUAGCACCGCCUGCUGCACUUCCUAACGACUCAAAGAAUAAAAAGGCCAGUUCAGGUAAAAAUGAGCUUUGUAUAGUAAUCAUGGAGAAAGGAGAAAAUAUGUGCUGCUUCACUGUAUUCGACAUGAGUAUUGUUUAUUUAUAUUUAGAAACGGAGAAAAUUGUUCAUUGUCCUAAUUGCACGAAAUCAAUCACAUUCAAAACACCGUAUCAUCCCGGUUGUCGAAUUCGGUGCUCUGCUUGUCAGCAAGCUUUCAAUGAAGUACCCUGUCCACAGUGUCGUACCUCAAACUAUUGGAAAGAGGCCGACUACCAUGCGUGUGCCCUCACCACAUGCAGAACAUGUUCAUCGGAAUUCCAACAUCUUAAAUGUCCUCAUUGUGAGCACGCCUGUUUUUGGCGAAACAAAGUGUACAUUCAAGGAACAAAGACCAGGUGUUCAUCUUGCAGUGGUGUAUAUAGAGCUGUUGGCUGUCCACAUUGUGGAAAAGUUCACUAUUUCAAGGACGAUGAAUACCAAGCUGGCAAACGUUAUCGUUGUGGGUCAUGUAACAAUUCGUACCAAGCAUUUAAUUGUCCACAUUGUUCGCAGCUGAACGUUUGGCUCGGUGAAGAUCGGACUCAAGGUAUUACCGAAACAUGUUGGAGUUGCAAAGGCACCUAUCAACUUAUUAAUUGUCCUCACUGUUUUAAACCAAGAGUAUGGGAGAAAGCUGAUCGACAUCCAGGUAAGCAAUCUACUUGCACUGGAUGUGAACAAACUUAUCGACAAGUGAACUGUCCGAACUGUUUGAAAUCACAUAUGUGGAAAGAUAAUAAUUUUGCUUCGGGAGGUCGAACGACUUGUUCGAAUUGUCAGACGACUUCGCAACAUGUGAAUUGUCCACACUGUCUAGCUGAAAAUGUUUGGAUAGGCGGUACCUACAAAUAUCGACAACGUGUAACUUGUAUAUCAUGCAAGAAUGACUUUCAACACAGUGUAUGCCCGAGCUGUAAAAAGUCUGCAUAUUCCAAAAAUUGUACUUGGAAACCGAAUAGUCGUACUAAUUGUAAUGAAUGUGAUGUGGAGUUAUACUGA